AGUAGUGCGAAAGGUAAAGGAGUGGGGACCCGUCGGAGAGGUCAACUGCAGCUAGCUACACGAGACCGAGAGCAUGUUUUAGCACUUAGCCGUACUAAUUUCUAGUUUUAGCAAAUUAAAUACGUGUCAAGCCAAAUCGUCGAGAUCCACUGGUGAAUGUGACAAAGCCCGUUCGUCCAAUCUAUCUGUAAUGAUAAUUAUUUCCUAUAGGAAGGGAACGAGUUAGUUACGAACUUCAACCGAAACCCCCUCCCCCGGUGAUAAUAAAGUCAAAGAUUAAGAUCUCCAAAAUCUGUUAUCAUCGUGGAAUUUUGGAUUGAGUAAGGAUCGAACCGGUCGAAAUGGAACCAGCCGUCGGAGAGAACUGCGUCGAAAUGGUCGAAAAUAAAGUCAGAGCCGAAGAAAUCAAAGAAGAGGCCAACAGAUGCUUUGCCCAGCAAUGUUAUGAAGAGGCGAUCAACCGAUAUAGCAUGUGUAUUAAAUUGAACCCUGACAAAGCUAUUUACUACGGCAAUAGAAGUAUAGCACAAUUAAAACUCGAAUGUUUCGGUUCUGCAUUGGCUGAUGCUACAAAGGCAAUAGAAUUAGAUAGAAAUUAUGUUAAAGGUUAUUACAGGAGAGCUGCAGCAUACAUGUCACUUGGUAAAUUCAAACUUGCCCUCAAGGAUUAUGAAACAGUGAUGAAAGCUAGACCUAAUGACAAGGAUGCAGUAAUGAAGUUUAAUGAGUGUUACAAAUUAGUGAAGAAGCUUGCAUUUGAAAAAGCGAUUGCUGUUGAAAGCUAUACAAAGUCAGCAGUAGACUCCAUUGACUUUGACAAAAUGACAAUCGAAGAAGAAUAUAAAGGGCCACAACUACAAGAUGGAAAAGUCACAAAAGAAUUUGUCAUGGAAUUGAUUGAGAUAUACAGAAACCAAGGAAAACUCCACAGAAAAUUUGCUUAUAAGAUACUCCAAGAUGUUAAAAACUUGUUUAUGACACAACCAUCUUUGAUAAACAUAUCUAUUGGAGAUGACGAAAAGUUUACUGUUUGUGGUGAUAUUCACGGUCAGUUUUAUGACCUAUUAAAUAUAUUUAAAAUUAACGGAUAUCCAUCUGAGACAAAUCCAUAUUUAUUUAAUGGUGAUUUUGUUGAUAGAGGUUCAUUCUCUGUGGAGUGUAUAUUUACGCUUUUCAGCUUUAAGUUGUUAUACCCAGAUAAAUUUUUUAUGUCUAGAGGUAACCAUGAAAGCCAAACUAUGAACCAAAUAUAUGGAUUUGAAGGUGAAGUGAGAGCCAAGUAUUCAUCUCAAAUGGUAGAAGUUUUCACAGAGGUAUAUAACUGGCUUCCGCUAGCCCACUGUCUCAAUAAUAGAGUUUUGGUUAUGCAUGGUGGACUAUUUGCAAAAGAUGGUGUAACCCUGGAUGACAUAAAAAACAUUGAUAGAAAUCGGCAACCACCAGAUGAAGGUCUUAUGUGUGAUUUGUUAUGGUCUGAUCCUCAACCUGCAAAUGGACGAGCACUGAGUAAAAGAGGAGUCGGGGUCCAAUUUGGUCCUGAUGUUACCAGCAGCUUUAUAAAACAAAAUAAUCUAGAUUAUAUUAUUCGAAGUCAUGAGGUAAAGACAAACGGGUAUGAAAUUGCUCAUGACGGAAAAUGCAUUACUGUUUUCUCAGCUCCAAACUACUGUGAUACUAUGGGCAAUUUAGGAGCAUUUAUCUCACUAACAGGAAAAACGAUGGAGCCAAAGAUAUUUACUUAUGAUGCUGUCGAGCAUCCCAAUGUUGUCCCAAUGGUAUAUGCAAAUUCCUUGUUAAGCUUACUAUGUUAAUAAUAUAGUUAUAAUUGUGUGCUGAUAGUUAAAUUGUAUGGACAAAAUAAUUAAAAAACAAAGUUUGAUGAGUCCUAAGAAAUAGUCCAAAAUUAAUAAAGAGGUUUGUUUAUAUUAAAAAUAUACAUUUAAAGAGGAGAUUUAAGUAUGGUUGUGCCUUAAUGGGUUUGCCAUAUAUUAUCAGUGUUCUGAAUAGAAUUAUUAAAAUAAAUAACAAUGAUAAAUACCAUUAUUUUGUAAAAUUUAAUUUGAUUCUAUGAAGGAUACUCCGAAAAUUGUGUCUCAUAGUGGUAUCAGGCAUUGAUUUACAGUGGUCCGACCACCAGUGAAAGGAGACCAGGAGCAAUACUGUGCCUUUCAAGUUACCCUUUUAAUCUAACAUGAAAAAGACAGACGAACUGUCAUAGUAUAUAACUUUAUAUAUAAAACUGACAACAAAUAUACCCAAACAUCUAUACUACCCUGAAGAAAAUCUCAUUUUAGUGGAUUGUUAAUAUUGAUUUUUUUUUUUUUUUUUUUUUUUAAUCAAUUUGUUUUACACAGUGGGGAAAUUAACAGAGAAGACUAAAGGUCUUUUACAUUUAUUCUCACAACCGUACUUAAUGUCUUCAAUCUUUAAAAUUGUUUCUUCAAUUGUCAUACUAAACAUUGCCACUGAUAAAAGGAAACUAUCACCAUUGUGGAAAUUGUCUUAUAAAUUCUGUUAUAUUUGUAAUAAAAUUGAGACAUAUCAUGAAAUAAUGUAUUGCUAAAAUGCAAACAUUAUCCAACAGUGAAAAUAAAAUAGACACCAAGACAAAAAUUCAGCAUGGAAAUAAUGUCGUUUGAUUAUUGCUGAAAAAUUUCUGCACUAUAAAUGAUAGUGAUAUUUAUUCUAUUUUAAUGCAAUGUCGGUAAGCGUAGUCUACUUAUUUUUUUACCACUGCCUUAAUGAACACACUAUUUCAGAAAUCAUUUGAAAUUUCAGAAAAUUUUAAUAUUCUAAGGUUUUAUUUUUGCAAAGUUUACGAUACACAUGAAGCUUAUUCAAGUAGCAUGUUUUUAAGUUGUAUUAGGUUUAAUUAAAGUAUAAGUAUUUUAGCAGUAUAAAUAUUCUGGCAAAUUUUAAUCAAUUAAACUUUCAAUCUAAGCUCUUGGUUGAGGUGAAAAAGCAAGUGUCACUAGCGGGAUGAAAACCCAUGACCUUAGAUUGAAAGUAUAAUUGCUUAAAAUAGUUAAUACGGCCAAUUGUAACCGCUAAAUACAUAUAUGGAUUCUGUCAAAUAAUUAAAAUCUGUUGAAAUUUAUUAAUUCAUAUUUAACACAAUUAGUAAAUAGCUGUGUGUUUAUGAAUUGUCAAUGGUUGUGGCAUUAAAUGAUAUAAUUUGUUGUGUAAUAAUUUACCAUUAUUUAAUGAUGUAAUUUUCAUUGCAUUUAUAAAUAUGUUGAUAGUAUUUAUAUAAUUCAUUCUUCACUUCUGAAAAAUUUAAAUUUGUAACAUUAUAAUGAUUUCUGAACAAAAUUGAACUAUAAAAUUAAGGAAUUUUAUUGUUUUUUUUUUCUUCUUUUCUUUCUUUAAUUGCAUGUUAGUUAACAUGUUAGCUUAUCUACUUUACAUAUUUUUAAAUUUUAGUUUGAUCUGUUAAGGCAUGCAUUACCCCGACUGUCUGUUGGUUUUUCCACCUGUUGUGCAGGCUACACAUUCAGUUUCACAUGUAUAGAAUUGUUAAGUAAUGUACAAACAAACUAUUUUUAGGUAUGUUUCGCUGUUAAAAAGUUGUGACUGAAUAAUCAGUGAAGAUAUUUCUACUUAUGUAGAGUGGAAAUAUCUACUGCGUGAUAGUAAUGUAGAAGUCAGGAAUGUAUAAUUUUGUUGUGCAUCUUGCACUAUAUUGUUAGAGAUUUUCAAUUCAUUAAAAAAUAAAUAAAUGGGUAAAAAGUUAUACGUUUCCGUUAUGUUAGGAUGUUACAAAUAAAAAACUUCUAUUUUAUUUUCAAAUUAAUUAAUUGUAACUAAAAAAAUACUGUCAGCUAAAGAAAAAUGAAUAAAAUUGCAAAUAAAAUUUAUUUAUCUUUGAUAUUAUUUGUUUUUAAAAAAUUUACAGUAUGUUGGCACUAAGUUGUUUUCAAUAAAUUACAAAUCCAGCCAACUGUUUGCUCAUUCUUGUUAAUCGCCAGAUUAACUAAUCCAAUCUUACUUAUUGUUAUUAAUUUAACAUGAUGAUUGUUUUAUGAUUGCAUUGAAAUGACAUUUAUUUCUUGUAGUCAACAAAAACUCAACAUGGUACUCUCACUCUAUAAAGAUUGGUUAAAAACAAAAAAUAGUUUUAAUAAAUGUUUUACUGUUCAAAAUCAUGGGGUUAUACCUUUGGUAAACACAUUUUUCAGUUAUUAUAUAAUAUAUAUCCAUUGUAUUAUAUAUAUUAUACAAUAGAUAUAUAAUAUAAAUACAACAUAAAAUGUAUAUAUAUUAUAUUAUUAACAUCUAAUACAUAUAAAUGGCCAAGUAUACAGAGUAAUGGAAAUAACCCUUUUUAAAAUGCUUGUUAGUACAAGUUGUGAUAAUUUUAAUCUUUUUUUAUUAUUUUAUUUUAAUUUUUUUAUUGUUAUUUUUG